AUGAACUCGGUUGAGCUGGACGUCGUUCAGCAAGAAGCGAAGAAGGCACAACCUCCGUUAGUUGACGAAAAGACACAGGACAAAGAAGAAGAAAAGGUCUUGAAAGAAUUUAGCUUUUACCAUGGAUUUCUUCCACGAGAGGAUUUGUUGUUCCUGCUAAAGGCUGAAGGCGAUUAUUUGCUGCGUAUUAGCGAAAUUGGCGGCGGCGACAAAACGUUGGAUGCCGACAUGAUGGCAAGCAAGAGAGCUAUAAUCCUAUCUGUGUUGACAGAGGUUUUGCCUGGCGAUAACAUGGCCUCAGUGCUAGGACCUCCAAAUGCUCAACUGAAAGUGGGUGAUUCAUCU